AUGUCUGUUGUCGUUGCCGGCGGCACCGGGGGUCUUGGGCGCGCUCUCAUUGAAGCCAUUCAGGCUCGAGGAACGUACCAAGUCUCGGGAAAUCCGGGCGGCUCCGACGGCGUUCGUUUCGUCGCUGUGGAUUACUCCAACGAGGAUUCGCUCGUGUCGGUUCUUGAAAAGUACAAUGUCGAUACGGUCAUUUCGGCCGUCAACAACAUCACCGGCGAAAAUGAUUCGGAACUCAGUCUCAUUAGAGCUGCUGAGAAGUCAAAUACCACCAAGCGCUUCAUCCCCAGCUACUUCGGAGUACCAUAUCUGCCCGAACAGUAUGAAAGCUUCCCUCCAGCCAUGGCAAAGAAGUCCGCUUUGACCGCUCUGAAGGCAACUUCUCUGGAGUGGACCGCCAUCUACAACGGAUACUUCCUGGACUACUUCGGAACACCGAAGUUGAAGAGUUACAUGGACGAUGUGGCUUUUUUUGUCGACGUUGCGAACAAUGUAGCGGCAAUCCCAGGAUCCGGAGAAGUGACGGUCGCUUUUGCCCACACGUCUGAUGUUGGCCGCUUCGUCGCGCGACUCCUCGAGCACCCUGGCUGGUCCCCAGAGACGUACAUCAUUGGUGAUAAGGCCACAUUCCAUGACGUGGUGCGUCUCGCGGAGGAAGUAAAGGGCGUCAAAUUUACGGUUUUCCAUGAUUCGAUUGAGCACCUCGAGGCUGGCAAGCUCACCGAAUUACCCUCUCACCACCAAUUUUACAGCAUCUACCCCAAGGAGAUGCUGCACAGCUUCCUGGCCCCGUUUGGCCUCAUCUGCGCGAGAGGACAGGCGAACCUUCAACCGAGCCAGACUCUGAACGAGGGUUUUCCAGAUAUCAAACCUCUGAAAGUCAUAGAUGUCUUGAAACUGGGCUGGGGCUCGUCUUAG